AUGAUUAAAAAACCAUAAUUGUUAAAUCUAGCUUUGAAGCCAAUCACUAAUGAUGUGGAGGAAGUCUCAUCUAAAUCAGAAAAACAAGUAAGUGAAAAUCAAUUUGAUAUCUCUUAAAAAUUAUUGUAUGCAUUAGAAAAACCAACUAUCAACACCAAAAAUGCGAACAGUUGUAGAAAUAGCACUGGAAGAUUGUCAGCUUUUGAUUUUUUAAACUCAAGUACGACAAAAGCCAAUGAAAAGAAAACAUUCUCAAUUACAUUAAAUUAUUUUAAAAAUGAAAAAAGUAACGUUGUAAUAGCAAGAAAUUCUGCAAAUCUUUACGGGUUCUCAAAGGUGUCAUCAAAAGUGAGAUGA